AUGGACAGUGGAGGUGGUUUUCAUGGCUUCCGUAAGCUCCCCAACACUACCUCUGGGACAUUGAAGCUAUCAUCAGAUAUGAACACGAGGCAGCAAGUACGGGGAGAACAGAUGAACAGCAGCAACCAUUCAACAGAACAAGACAAUGAAUGCACUGUUAGGGAACAAGACCGUUUCAUGCCAAUUGCAAACGUGAUAAGGAUCAUGCGUAAGAUUCUACCACCCCAUGCAAAAAUCUCUGACGAUGCCAAAGAAACAAUUCAAGAGUGUGUAUCUGAGUACAUCAGUUUCAUAACUGGUGAAGCAAAUGAACGAUGUCAGAGAGAGCAAAGGAAGACAAUAACUGCUGAAGAUGUUCUUUGGGCUAUGAGUAAGCUAGGCUUUGAUGAUUACAUUGAACCUCUUACUAUGUAUCUUCAUCGUUACCGUGAGCUUGAGGGGGAUCGUACUUCAAUGAGAGUUGAACCAUUGGGAAAGAGAACAAUGGAUCAAUAUGGAGGAGGCUUAGGUGGUUUUGUACCACAGUUUCAUCUUGGUCAUCCCAAUGGAGGGUAUUAUGGUAAUCCACAAGCUUACAUGAUGAGGGAUGGUAGUAGUAACAAUGCACCAAAUGCUCCUGGAGGUUCCUCUUCUCGUUCUCAAGGUGGACAUGGAAAUGCUGAUGUCAAUGGACAUCAUCACCAUCACCAUCAUCAAUAUAAAUGA